AUGGAGAAUUCAAAAUCGAAGGAUCCUAUUUCAACUGAAAAGGUAAGCAAUCAUGUACCUAGUGAUCUUACAAUGUUGAUUAUAUCAAAAUUGCCUCUAAAAUCUUUGGUGCGAUUUAGGUGUAUACACAAAUCAUGGUCUCUCUUAUUUGAAAACCCUCAUUUCAUGAACAUGUAUCGCAUCAAUUUUGUAUCUAAUGAUAAUUUUUCUUAUGAUGAUGAUUCAUGUCUCACCUUAGAGUUUACUAUGUCAUCUCAUGGAUUAUGCACCACCUUAUUUUCGCUUUAUGGUUACCGAUUUGAGAAUAAGGUCAAAUUAGACUUGUCACCUUUGUUUCAAGAAGAUAACGAAUGUAUUAAAAUUUUGGGUUCUCCAAUUGACGAAACGAUUUGCCUCUAUAAUGGUUUUCAAAUUCCAAAAAUUAUAUUUUGGAACCUAUCUACUAAGGAUUUCAAAGUCCUUCCUCCUAGUCCCAUUGAGUCUCAACCACCUUAUUACAAAUUUGUCUUCUCACUUAUGGGAUUUGGUUAUGAUCAUGUUAGAGAUGAUCAUAAAGUAAUUCGGAAUGCAAUAGAAUGGACUCAGUUUGACUUUGAAGAUACUCAAUCAAAUGAGUUCAUAUGGGAAUUGUACAGCCUAAGAAAUAACUCUUGGAGGAAACUUGAUGUAGAUAUUUCUCUUGGUUUUGUUACUUUAGGUUCUCAAUUUCACACAUAUGGAAUGUGUCAUUGGGGGGAUGAAGAUGAAAAUUGUUUAGUCUCGUUUGACUUGAGUAGUGAGGUGUUUUUCAAAACACCCUUACCAUUACAUAGGGAUGAUAAUGUCUAUUAUAAAUUUAUGGAUAAACGACUUAUGGCAUUAAAUGGAUCCAUUGCUUUUAUUACAACAUAUGCUACAAGAUAUGGAACUACAACACAUACUCUUUGCAUAUCAAUUUUGGGUGAAUAUGGUGUGAAGAAAUCAUGGAUUAAACUCUUCAAUGUUGAGUCAUUGCCUAGUUAUUUUGAUCGUCCUAUUGGAGCGGGAAGCAAAGGUGAUAUAUUCUUUAAAACAAAAUACAAUGAGUUGCAAUCAGUUUCGGUGAGUAUUGAUGGGAAGCCUUUUUCCUUGACUCUCUGUAAAAAAUGUGUUCAUCAGUUUCAUAGUUCAGGUAUUUCUUCAACUCAAAUUACUGAAUCAGAUUCGCUUGAAUUUGUGGAUUCGGACGAGUUAUUGUUGAAUGAUACAUUUAGGGAUAAUGAUGGUGUGGGGGAGGAAUAUGAAGACAACAUUGAGGAAUUUUCUGCACAUAAUUCUCUUAAUGUUCGUGAAACUAUGAGUUGCGAGAGGAAGGGUGAUGGGGCGGGAACUUCGUGUGAAGUCGUUAACGAGUCACUAGUUUCUAUUAUUCAUUUUUUUAUAACAAGAAUCCUGUGUUAG